GGUCUGCGCGAGCUUCACGUGCCGCUGGCGCUGAUGGCGGCGGGGCUCGCGGAGGGUCGCACAGAAGAGGGAGCGCGAGGAAGAGGGGGGGCACACGGCGGUACCGAACACUGACGCUCCGCCGCACCAACCGUGAGCACACGGAGCCGAGCUGCAGGGAGGCCCGCUGACUGAGUCUGCUGGCUGGAUGGAGGGUCCAGGACGUCCUAUUGGCUGUGGUCUCGUCUCUCCCCACCAGCCGCUCCGCUCCUCCUGCUGCAGCAGAACCCAUAGCGUUUAGCUGCAGGAACCUCCAAGUGUUAUUCAUCUUAAAAAUGAUUCUGACACUGCCAUGCUAGCCGCGGCUUCACUGUGAUCCUCGCUGUCCUGCAGCUCCAAACCAGCAAGCGUUUCACCUGAAAAUGUAGAUCCAUCUAUUUUUUAAAGAAGAGCUAGAGGAUAACAACAAACUUGUCUUCAACGGUGAAAUUCAGUAAGAAACAAAACUACUGGAAAAUGUAGGUGGACUGUGACCAGCACCACAUAUUCAGCAGCUAACGGUGAGUUAGCGGCUUGAGGUAGACAGGUAGCGGUGGCUCUGGCGUAACAGAGGGGAUCAGCGGGGGUGCGAUGGAGUACCACUCCGGUGGUAGCCUGCCCCUGCUGGGGAGACCGCGGUACUGCCCCGGAGCCAAAGCUAAUGGAGGAUAUUUGUGUGAGACGGGACACUGCUGCGGAGAGACUGGCUGCUGCACCUACUACUACGAGCUGUGGUGGUUCUGGCUGCUUUGGACCGUCCUCAUCCUGUUCAGCUGCUGCUGCGCAUACCGACACCGUCGGGCCAAACUCCGUGUCCAGCAGCAGCAGAGGCAGAGAGAGAUCAGCCUGCUGGCCUACCACGGAGCCAACUCUUUCCCCUCCUCCAUGCUGGACCUCAGUUUCCUGGCAUCGCUAAAGCUACCGUCCUAUGAGGAGGUUGCAGCUCAGCCCUCCACUCCUCCUCCUCCCUACAGCUCUGUUUUUACGACCCCUCGGUAUCCGCAGCCCCCACGCGCUACCGACCCACAUCUGCUCACGCAGCAUGGCCCGCUGCUGCACCGACCACUAAGUGACGGACCCUCCUCCUUCAGCUCUGACAACAGCUCCAGCUGUUCCUGUGACUCCUGCUGCCCUUCUUCUCCAUGUAGCUCCUCGCUCUCAGCACCCAUCACCUAUGAGACUGACACAAGUCACGCCUCCACGCCCAGUGAGGCCACGCCCCUCACCCUUGAUGUAACUAUGGAGACCAUAGCAGCUGCAGCCAGUUGCUUGGAGGCAAAUGAGGCCCGAUUUGCCCCUGAGAGAGCAGCUGCCACGGUAGCGGUUGACAUCGAGGAUGACGAACACGUUAGAGCUCAGGAACCCCCCGCCACGGACUCCUCAACUCCUAUCCAGACUGUUACCAUCGCAGUUGUUAACAGGGCAGCCUCGCCUCAGCCUUCACCUGGCUCUGAGAUUUCCCUCGCUGAUGCAGCCUCUUCUCCUAUAAACGUACAGCUUGACAUGCCACCAUCUUCUACGAUCUUCAGCACUGGUAGCUCAAGUACACUCCCUAGUCCAAGACUUGAUACCAUCCAUAUCCCAUCCAUUAAAAUCAUGAGAACUGGAAGUCUGUCAGGGUCUUCUACCCCUACAGUUAACGCUUAUGAAAGCUGUGGGCAGGUCGAAGGGCUCGAAACUCGUGAUUUAUCACAAACUUUUGAUCCACCCAGUGUUCCUUCUAGUCCAUCAGUACCAUCUCCAAAUGUGCACAGAACUAUGGCCUUCAAAGCAGACUCUGCCAGCCUUCUAACAUCAGAUCAGGAUCUUAGCAUUGUGCAAGAUGAUGCAUCUGUAACCCCUACCCAAACUACGGUACCUACAAACCUUACCAAGGACCAAGUACCACUGCUGUCUGAUCUUACGUCAGUCCCACCAAACCCACCAACCAUUAUUGUUCCAGACUGCAUUAUUACCCCCCCUCUAAUUCCAAAACCAACACAUUUAAAUCUUACCCCUGGUUUGAUUACAGCACCAGUUUCAUCUCCAUUGACUCAAAACUUAGAACCGUUGUCUGGGUCACCAGCACCUUUGGUCCAGAUUCCUUCAAGUCCUGGGUCAGGCCUGCCAGGCUCUGUUGUAUCCUCCAUAGUUUUGGCUUUAUCGGCAGACAAUUCUGGACCGAGUCCAGGGCUGCAUGAGUCAAACCUUCUUUCACCAUUGCCUUCAGAUGUUCAGGCUAGUUUUAGUUCUGGCUCUGGAUCAGGAUCACCGACCUUCAUUCCAACUCUCUCUUGUCCAGUUCCUGUAAACAUUUCAUCCUCUUGCCCAGCAAUCACUAUUGAGUCUGAAACUUUUGUUUCCUCUCAGUCACCCCUUGCCGUUGUCUCUCCAUCCUCACCCCGGUCCCCUCCCUGUCCCACAGCGCCAGCAUUACUCUUGGACCCCCUCACUGCUCUGCAGCAGCCCGACAAAGUUGGUUGCUCUUCUGGCCAUGCUUCCUCCCUCUCCCCAUCGCCCCGUGCUACCCAGUCUCCACCAAAACAGACCGUCUUCUCCCCAUGCGUUGACGUCUUUGAACCUGGACCUGCAUGCUGGGAGGACGGAGAAGAAGAGCAGGACGAUAGGGACAAAGAGGAGGACGAAGACGAUGACAUGGGAGCUGACGAGAGCCAGUACAGACACCGGCGUCUUACCGGCGACUCUGGAAUUGAGGUGUGCAGGUGUCGAGUAGAGGAGGAGGAUGAUGACGAGGAAGAUGAGGAAGUAGAGACAGAUGGAAACAUUGAUGUGCACGAUAGUGCUGAUUGUCCCGCACGAAGUCAGGUGAGCACAGGGGACGAACUUACUCCGUGCAACCCCUCCACCUCUGUAACCACAACGACCCCUGAAGAGAACGGCAAAGUCAUCAUCGUCAUGGAGAAAGUGUAACCAGCAGGAAGUAGAACAGUUUCUCGCUCUGACCUGGAGGAAGCCAGUCAGCCAUCAAACGAUACUGGAGAUGCCUCGCAGCAGCCAAGGUUGUGAACCUAGAUGCCUGUCACUUUAGGAGGAAUGCACCGGUGGUAGGUGGAAGAUUUGGUAGGAAAGUAAUGUUAGUUUUAUGAGCUGUGGUGCCAUGUUUCAUUAGCUAAAACGCAGCCGUCAUGGAAAAAGUGUAAGCCCAUUUCUUCCUUGCCUAAGGAGAGUUCUUCACAGACAGAUCUCUGUCAUGCACAUAGUUUUAACAUCUAUUAAAUCACACUUUAACCCAAUCUUUUUUGGCUCUUAUCAACAGAUUUUAUUAAAUCCUCUUUAACAGUCAAGUACUGAUACUGAUAUUGACGUUCGGUAUUGAUCCAAGCAUUAUAAAUUUGCAUAUAAAGGGCGAUAAAUCCCAAGACUCUCUUCUAUCCCAUGUGACGCAAAUAUGGCAUAAAACAUCAAACGUGUUUUUCAAAGGUUGAAAUCACGCCCAUUCAGGCAAUGACGCCUUGCCCAUAAUUGAGCAUCUUUAAAUAGGCGAGCAUUUAGGCAGAGAUACCUUCCAUGCCGUCUUGGAUGACGACGGAGGCUUGGAAAUGUGCCGGGAACAAGUUGGCUUGCUCUGAAAAAGGAAGAGAGACCGGUGUAGGUGGAUGAUUCACGGCGCCUGAUUGACAGAGGGAAGACUGAUUCAUUGGGGAAGGAGGACGUUUGAUGGCUGGGUCUGUCAGCAAAGCGCAGUUAGGUGGCUCGUUUGCAGUUUGAGUCUAAGUGGAAAUUUUUUAAGGCGGACGGCUCCGAUUGGCUUGUAUUGCGUCGACAUCUCAGCAGAUAAAAGCCCUUACAUGAAUGUAAACAAACAAUGGAUGCUUUUAUACGGAAACAAAGCCCCAAAGAAAGCAGAGACAGACAAUGUCAUCAUCCAGUCUUUGUUUCUUUCUCAAGUGAGGUCAGAUCAAACAAUAAGCCGUAGACGCCACGAUCUCCGUCAUUUUGUGGUUCUCUUCGUUCAGAAACACCUUUCCUACAUCCUUAAAGAUAAAAGAUUUGAACAAUAAGACUAAUGCAGACGAAGCAAUGACAUUUCAAGGCCUUGAAAAGAACAAGUUACAGUAGUCGUAUUAAAAGAGUUUGAUUUAUUUUUAGAUCGGUGUUUCGUACGUUGUGCGCUUGAUAGACAAGUCAGUGUACAUAUUUUGUGACACACAGAGAUGGAGUAUAUUUUAUCAAAGAUGCAGAGUAGUUGUUUUGUAUAUGCUGCCAUGCUUCAGCUCACCUUUUGAAUUUGGAAUUGGAAGUGAUAUGAAGAGCAAUAUUUUCCAUCUAAGAGAAUAAGUUAAAAUCAGAGAUAACUUAAAACAGCUUCAGCGUGGUCAUCUUUAAGUGAAAAAGUUUACCAAUGAGGCUUAGACUGAUAUCUUAGCUUUGUUCAACCAAGAAAAGAUACAUUUUCCAUCUGGCUUAUUCCAGUUCAGGUAAGGUUGUUGUAUCAUCUGCGGUCAAUAGACAAGAGACACCCGGUGUUGAUUCCCAGUCCAUCACAGGGUCAAGAAAUAUGUUAAUAUAACUCCAACGAAAGAGAUGAUAAAUCCAUCUAUCUACUACACACUCCUAGUCCUUACAAAGGCGUGAUGCCUAUUUCUAGCACUCACUGGAGAACCAGUAGGGGAACACCUUAAGGUGCCAGUCCGUCACAGGGUCAACAUUGACCUCACUGAUUCUACAAAAGGAACAAUACAUUUUGUGUCAUAAAGGUGCAAUAUCACCAUACACCUGCUUCUACGCAGUGCAUUCCUGCUUUAAAAAAUGGACUAUUGAUAUAGGAGCAUAUUUUAAAAGUCUAAAAGAGCUGUGAUUUCGUCAGAUUGAUUCAACAACUUCAACAGACAAAAUGUUCAACCAUUGUUUCUGCCAGUAAAGACAUACAAGCUAGUGUUACAAGGUAGGGGACGGUUAUCACCACUUCAUUAAAUCAUCUGUUCAAUCUUACUGAAAGGAGAGAGACUCUGGGUCUGGUUGACAGAUCUUUAUACCCUGUGUUCAUGCUGCAUUGAUCCACACCUUCAUGUACAACUCAACAGAGCCACCGAUACAUGAUGCAAAUGACCGAUAAAGCUACUCUGGACUUCAUUAAGGCACAGACGAAGUCCUGCCACAGAGACGGAAUGAAGAAAGCGGCCAUUAAGGACUAGAGAUGAACCAGAUAUCUGGUCCUGGGACUUCUGAGAGCUCAAAGACUGAUGAUGAUGAUGCUUUUGGUUUAAAUUUGGCACCUGUGGAGUGAGAACAUCAAGUUCUUAGAGGCUAAACGUUCUAGGGUGACGUCCAGCCGUUGAUGUUGUAGUUGAUGUUGUGGUUGAUGGUGUUCCUUUGUUUACCUGAACUUAUAACGUUAUAUAUUUCAUUGGUUUCCGAGUGCCAUUUCUACUUGACUACUGUUACUACUUAGCAUUAUUUAGAGCUGUUCUUGCUCUGUGUGACUGUGAGCUUUAUAGCAGAAUGAUUUGGGAGCCGUCUGAAUUUCGUCUGUAAUACAGGUUUUCAAAGGUUGUGCAGACCUGAGACCAGCAUAAGAUGAUUGUGAUUUGAUUAGAAAUGCCUCAGAGAAGAGCGUCGAUGUUUUCUCAAAUGGAUGGAAACAUCUGGAAGCAUGUGCCUCUUGCUGCGGAAAUAUCCCUAAAGUUUAACUGAUUAAGAGCCUUGUAAUCAAAGAAAGAGCCAACAACCAAUCACGGUGUUUUAUUUAUAAGAUCACUGGCUGGGGUACAAUUAGAUCCUGGUACUAGCUCAGCUUUGACCAAACACUCUGAGGCAUUUUUAAACUAAGGUGACUGUUUAACGGUUGUAAAAACUGGAUGCAGAUUAAGCUGCUCACAGGGUGGCCUACCUUUGAGAGACCUUGUCUUUGUCUUCUUUGUUAAGAUCUUGAUUACUUAUUUCUAUCAAAUCAUAGCCCUCUCUUCACAUUGAUUCACACUGAAAAGGUUCUUAUUUAAAUUGGCCAGCGCCCAAUUUAAAUUUGGAACUUUAAGAACAAACAUAUUUCAUAUUUUUGGAUUAAAUAUUAGUCAUGAUAGCUUUAUAAACUGGCUUGUGUGACUAGACUUAAAUUCAUCCAUCCAUCCAUCUUCUUACUUGCUUUAUCCCUCAUGGGGUAGCGAGGGGUGCUGGUGCCUAUCUCCAGCAUUUUUAAUGGGCGAGAGGCGGGGGGCUUAAAUUCAGUCAUAUUUAAUUUAUCAUCUUUCCUGUUUCUUGGCCUUGAAAUGUGAAGCCAGUUAAACCUUCAUUUGGAUUUCAUCUCUUUAAGUUAUUUCAAAUUUGAAGUCCCCCUGUGAUGUUUCACAAAACAAUUUGAUUCCCUAAUAAAACCACACUAUUUGAGUCGUUCCCACCCGUUUACAGGAUUUUAACUGUCUUCUCACUUGUCCUCGCAGAGGUUUCUGUCAUCAGAAUCGGAGGAAGAGGAGAAGUUUUUAAAAACAUUAAAAUCCUGUAUUAUUUAAAUGACAAGAAGACUAAUUAGUAUUAUUAAAGGUAACAGUUGGCGUGUAUGUAUGUAUGAAUGUAUGUAUGUGUGACAUAACUAAACCAGCCUGUUCUAAAAGUGUGGAAAUAUAAUGAAUAAAACUGUUGAAUCUAAAA